CCUGAUGAAAGACUAGCUUUGAAAGCACCGGCUAGGAAGAAUGCCGCGUAGACGACUUAUCAUCAUCUGAAGGAGGAAGCCUACUCUCAGACCCCCUGAACGGCGGAACCGACGCUCCGAAAAUGCUCGGCGUCGUCGCACUCCCACUUAUUGGUAUUAGUCCGCCACUUCCCCGCAUCCGCGAUGCGCGCUUCGUUCUCCACACGCAUCCUUUUCCUCCUAGCCUCCUACUCCGAUUCCACUCACCGAUCCUCCCCCGCCUGGGCCGCGCUUUGCCGAAACGCGCUUCUCUUCUUCUGCUUCCAAAAGCUUCAGUUGGGAGGGCAGACUAUGUUGCUGAGCCUGCGACCAAUGUAAACUUCCCAAAAGAGAUGAAUGUUCUUGGUUGCUCCGCACCACUUGUUCUACUUGGCACAGAUCUGAUGCUUACUUUCAUCAUUACAACAUGUACCUAUGUCCUAGGCUACAGAGAAAAAGUCUUUGCCAUUAUUGGUGUCAAGGUCUAUGCUGCUGCAUUUUAUGUGGGAUCUUCUGUUACAGAAAACUUACAUUCCUGGAAUGGAAAAUCAGCAGCUGAUAUUCUAGAGGCUUCUUCAGUGUUCACUUUCCUGUACCAAGCACCCUUGGAGAAGUCACUGAACAUUGUACUUGUAAGAGACGUCGAUGGCAAGACAUUUUGGAAUGCCUUGGAUGAUCUUAUAACCCCCAGAAUUAAAAGUCCAACAGCUAUUGAUAACUCUUCUCUAUCAACAUUCCGUAACACCUUUCAAGGGCGUGAUCUCAAACAAGGAACAUCUAUAAUUUUAACUUGGUUGGAGCCAACUAAAAUGCUGAUUUCCAUCUCAAGUGAUGGGGUGCCUUCUAAUGUUGAUGCUGAAAUCACCUCAGCAAAUGUCAACUUAGCUCUUUAUGAUGGCUUUUUUGGAAAUUCUCCUGUUUCUCCUACUCUGAAAGCCUCGGCUGCUCAUGGACUGCAGAUGGUUCUCAGAUAGAGCCAAAAUCAAGUCCCUAAGGUCUAUUCGCUCCAAUCAAGUCUCUUCAUGAAAAGGCCCAUAGACUCAGACAAAAAUUGCCAUGUCUCAAAGCUCGCUGUUGAUGUGGUGAGCAGGUUUGAUGCUAACACGGAAAUUUCCAUCAGAGCAAAGGGACUUUUUGACUGAUGUGACUUGAUUGAAACAACUAAUAGAUCAGAGAACCCACUUUUAAGAAUCAUAAUUUUUGGGCCCAAAAUGGAAACUCAGGUGAAGGAUGGAGAACAGUGAUGUAAUUAACCUUCAAAACAUGAAACUGGGAGAAAGAAAAACAUCUUCAUUGAUAUUCAUUAUUACUGACAAAUUAAAUAUAACUAAUAAAUAUUUCAUUGUGAUAGUAGAAUUCAUGAGAUUGAAUUUAUACUGGUAAUCAGGGCUAAGAAAAACUAGCAGAAAUGUUUGUUGUAUGAAGAAAUACAAUUUAUUUUAUCCUAUUGAGCUCAUCUAUGACUAGUGUAAUAGGGCAACUAUAAGCUUUCUCAAAGCCAAGGCAACAGUUUUGUGUGCA